AUGUUCAUGAAUGUGUUCACUGUUGCCUUUCUUUUCGUUGAACUUGUACCAAAGAAAGGCAAACAGAUAUCAACAACCCUUCCUCUUCUGGAAUCUCUUUUAGUAAUUUUGGCAAUUGAAAUUGUUCCAGCAACUGAUAGUAGUCAAAUUUCAAGGCCUGAUAAUUUAUCACCCUAUUCUUCGGCUAAAUCUGUGGGAUAUUUUUUAAUAUUAAUGCUAAUUUGCUUCCUUGGUAUCGAAAAAUUGGUAUGGGCAAAGGGAACUUUAAAUGAUGAUGAACUUAAUAAUGGUAUUAAUACCGAUAAUACCAAUGAUAUUGGUGAUACACCAGAAGAAAGGAUUUACAUCGUGGAAAGAGUGGAAAGAAAUAAUCAUAAUCUUAGGAAAAGAAAGAAAAUAAACUAUAAUACUGGCUCAUAUAGGAAACGUAGGAGGUUAUCAUCAUUGUCAUCAUCAAAGCUAUUGCCAACAACAUCACCAAUACUAUCGCCAUCAAUAUCACCAAGACGAGAAUGCACAAAAUUGUGCGAUUUACACACAAUUACUGAUCAUUAA